AAGCCCAGAGACAAAGAGAGAAACCCAGACACAAAAAAGAAGCCAGAAAGAGAGAAGCCCAGACAAAGAGAGGAAGCCAAUGACAAAGAUAGGAAGCCCAGACAUAAAGAGAGGAAGCCCAGAGACAAAGAUAGGAAGCCCAGUGACAAAGGAGGAAGCCCAGAGACAAAGAGAGGAAGCCCAGACAAAAAAGAAGAAGCCCAGAGACAAAGAGAGGAAGCCCAUGACAAAGAGAGGAAGCCUGUGAGAAAAAGGAAGCCCAGACAAAAAGAAGAAGCCAGAGACAAACAAGAGGAAGCCCGAGACAAAGAUAGGAAGCCCAGAGACAAAGAGAGGAAGCCCAGAGACAAAGAGAGAAGCCCAGCGACAAACAGAGGAAGCCCAGAAGCCCAGACACAAAGAGAGGAAGCCCAAGGACAAAGAGAGGAAGCCCAGAGACAAAGAGAGGAAGCCCAGGACAAAGAGAGGAAGCCCAGUGACAAAGAGAGGAAGCCCAGAGACAAAGAUAGGAAGCCCAGAGACAAAGAGAGGAAGCCCAGAGACAAAGAGAGGAAGCCCAGUGACAAAGAUAGGAAGCCCAGACAUAAAGAGAGGAAGCCCAGACACAAAAAAAAGAAGCCCAGAGACAAAGAGAGGAAGCCCAGAGACAAAAGAGAGGAAGCCCAGAGACAAAGAGAGGAAGCCCAGACACAAAAAGAAGAAGCCCAGAGACAAAGAGAGGAAGCCCAGAGACAAAGAGAGGAAGCCCACGACAAAGAGAGGAAGCCCAUACACAAGAAGAAGCAGAGACAAAGAGGAAGCCCAGAGACAAGAGAGGAAGCCCAGAGACAAAGAGAGGAAGCCCAGCGACAAACAGAGGAAGCCCAGAGACAAAGAGAAGAAGCCCAGCGACAAAGAGAGGAAGCCCAUACACAAAGAGAAGAAGCCCAGAGACAAACAGAGGAAGCCCAGAGACAAAGAGAGGAAGCCCAGAGACAAAGAGAGGAAGCCCAGACACAAAGCGAAGAAGCCCAGCGACAAAGAAAACAUAAAUUAAGGAAACUAGAAUUAGAACUAGAAUUGAGAAAAAGGGAGAAGAAUAAUUUUGAUAUUAGCAUGUAUUGA